UACCUUUAGUUCAGUCAGCCCCGGGUCAGUAUCAAAAAUCGUGCUGUGACUGUUCGGGCGAGUUAUAAAACUAUGAGUAAAUUUCCAGAAGUUGUGGCUGCUGCGUACAAAUCGGUGCUCCCUGGCAAACAGAUCGCCGUUCCCGAGGACGAAAUCUAGUAACCAAAUCUAGAAACUGAACCACCGGAUCGGUGCAGGCGAGCAAGAUGGUGGAGUUCGGCUUCGACCUGAAGCACCUCUUUCCGCAGCCCAUCAUCCGGGUGCAGGCGGACGCGCUGCGUCCCAAGCUCCUAGCUCGGCACCCCGUCCUUCCGUACAUCCCCCAACAGCGCCAGCGGGGAUCGGGCCAGCCGGCGCCGGCGGUGGGGUCCAGCUGCGAACUGAGCCAGAUCCUGGACGUGAUGGGCCAGCUGUCGGCGGUGGCCCAGGGGCUGCGCCACCCGGUGACCACCGCCGCCAAGCUGACGCCCGACCAGGUGGUCUACCUGAUGGCCGACAAGGAUGCGGCCGGGCGCUGGACCGUUGCCGGCCUGCUCAAGGUCGGCACCAAGGACCUCUUUGUGUUCGACAACAAGGGCUCGUGCCGGCGGGCAGAUCAAACGCCGGCCAUCUUGGACUUCUAUGUCCACGAGUCGCGCCAGCGCCGCGGCCUGGGCAAGCAGCUGUUCCAGCGGAUGCUGGACGAGCAGGGCUGGACGGCGGGCAAGUGCUCGGUGGACCGGCCCUCCGACAAGCUGCUCGCCUUCCUGGACAAGCACUACGGCCUGGUGAGCACCAUACCCCAGGGCAACAACUUUGUGCUCUACGAGGGCUUCUUCGAGAAUCCGCACGCCAAGAUCCUGUCGGCGCGCAGCCGGCUGCCGGGCGGCCCGAUGCGCAGCCAGAGUCAGGGUCACCACCUGCGCCAGACCCAGACGCACAUGCAGACGCAGCAGCAGACGCAGCAGCAGCCGCAGGGACUGGCAGCUGGGCAGGCCGUCAAUCCCAGGCACUACAGAAGGGACAUCGCCGGUCAGGGGCCGGGCUCGAGCCUGGGACACCAUCUGACCGCAUCGCUCCACAGGCGUGCCCCCUGGGAGACGCCGCGCAACUUCAACAGCAUGCACUAGAUACAGGCCACCAGGGGCCAGAGAGCCAACCACUAGGUGUACCCGUACCCGUUCCCGUACCCCCUAACUGUCAGCCUACUCCCUGGAGAGCUCACGCUCGACUCGUUGCCACUUGGGGCACUCAUCGCACACAAAAUUGCUAGUUUAUGUUCAAAUUUGAGAGGUUCCUCACUGUUUUACCAUUCAACCAUGCAGAAAAAAAAACUAAACAUAUCCACAUUUCAAGGUUUUACCAAAUAAAUGAUAUUAUGUAGGCGCA